AAUGGCGGAUAUUGGAGCGGCAGCGGCUCGUGAGGCAGCAGCAAAGCAGCAGUAGAAGAAGCAGCGGCAGUAGCUUCCUGGCGAGGCGAGCUCUGGGACGUUGGGGCUCCGCGGCGGGAGCGGCUCUUGGUUGCAAAAGUCAGCAUGGCCACAGAGAUUGGCUCACCACCACGGUUUUUCCAUAUGCCGAGGUUUCAACACCAAGCUCCUCGGCAGCUAUUCUAUAAGAGACCUGAUUUUGCUCAGCAGCAAGCAAUGCAGCAGCUCACCUUUGAUGGAAAACGUAUGAGAAAAGCUGUGAACCGGAAAACUAUAGACUAUAAUCCUUCUGUAAUCAAAUAUUUGGAGAAUAGAGUAUGGCAAAGAGACCAACAGGAUAUGCGGGCAAUUCAGCCUGAUGCAGGGUAUUAUAAUGAUCUGGUACCACCUAUAGGAAUGUUGAACAAUCCUAUGAAUGCUGUGACAACAAAAUUUGUUAGGACAUCUACCAACAAAGUGAAAUGCCCGGUUUUUGUUGUAAGGUGGACACCUGAAGGAAGGCGCUUGGUUACUGGAGCUUCAAGUGGGGAAUUCACUCUAUGGAAUGGACUUACUUUCAAUUUUGAAACAAUAUUACAAGCUCAUGAUAGUCCUGUAAGAGCUAUGACUUGGUCACACAAUGACAUGUGGAUGUUGACCGCAGACCAUGGGGGAUAUGUAAAGUACUGGCAGUCCAACAUGAACAACGUCAAGAUGUUCCAGGCACAUAAGGAGGCGAUUAGAGAGGCCAGUUUCUCACCCACGGAUAAUAAAUUUGCUACAUGCUCUGAUGACGGCACUGUUAGAAUCUGGGACUUUCUACGUUGUCAUGAGGAGAGAAUUCUUCGAGGCCAUGGUGCUGAUGUCAAAUGUGUUGACUGGCAUCCCACAAAGGGUUUGGUAGUUUCUGGAAGUAAAGAUAGUCAACAGCCGAUCAAAUUUUGGGAUCCAAAGACUGGCCAGAGCCUUGCUACUCUACAUGCUCAUAAAAACACUGUGAUGGAAGUAAAAUUGAACUUAAAUGGCAACUGGUUACUUACAGCAUCUCGUGAUCACCUUUGCAAACUCUUUGAUAUCCGAAAUCUGAAAGAAGAACUUCAGGUCUUCAGGGGUCAUAAGAAGGAAGCCACAGCUGUAGCGUGGCAUCCUGUUCAUGAAGGACUUUUUGCCAGUGGAGGAUCUGACGGCUCUUUGCUUUUCUGGCAUGUUGGGGUAGAAAAGGAAGUGGGAGGUAUGGAAAUGGCCCAUGAAGGAAUGAUCUGGAGUUUGGCUUGGCAUCCUCUAGGACACAUUCUGUGCUCAGGAUCAAAUGAUCACACCAGCAAAUUCUGGACUCGGAAUCGUCCUGGAGAUAAAAUGCGAGAUCGUUAUAACCUGAACCUACUUCCAGGAAUGUCAGAAGAUGGGGUAGAAUAUGAUGACCUGGAACCCAAUAGUCUUGCAGUUAUUCCAGGGAUGGGAAUACCUGAACAACUGAAACUAGCCAUGGAACAAGAGCAGAUGGGAAAAGAUGAGACAGCUGAAAUUGAGAUGACAAUCCCAGGAUUGGACUGGGGAAUGGAGGAGGUGAUGCAAAAGGACCAAAAGAAAGUACCACAAAAAAAGGUUCCCUAUGCAAAACCAAUACCUGCUCAGUUUCAGCAGGCUUGGAUGCAGAAUAAAGUUCCUAUACCUACACCAGCUGAGCCACUGAAUGACCGCAAGGAAGAUCUUAAAUUAGAAGAAAAAAAGAAGUCACAGGCAGAGAUUGAGCAGGAAAUGGCAGCACUUCAGUAUACCAACCCACAGCUUCUAGAGCAAUUAAAGAUUGAGAGGCUUGCACAUAAACAAGCAGAGCAAGGUCAACAGCAGCCACCUUCAGGAGGACCUGUUCAUGGACCCCAGCAUUUCCCAGGACAAGGUCCAAUGUCUCAGGUGCCUCAAGGCUUUCAACAGGCCCAUCCACCCCAGCAGAUGCCAAUGAAUAUGCCUCAGAUGGGACCACCUGGGCCACAGGGACAGUUCAGACCUCCAGGACCUCAAGGACAAAUGGGACCCCAAGGUCCUCCUUUACACCAAGGAGGUGGUGGACCACAAGGGUUUGUAGGCCCACAAGGUCCUCCACAAGGACUGCCACGACCUCAAGAAAUUCAUGGACCUCAAGGAAUGCAGAGACAUCCUGGCCCUCAUGGACCAAUGGGCCCUCCAGGGCCACCUGGUCCACAGGGUAAUUCUGGACCUCAAGGUCACUUAGGUCCACAAGGCCCACCUGGCCCUCAAGCUCAUUUAGGUCAACAAGGUCCACCAGCACCACAAGGCCACCUAGGUCCUCAGGGGCCACCUGGGCCAAGAGGAAUACAAGGACCUCAUGGAGUGCAAGGAGCUCAAGGGAUACAGGGUCCUGUUUCUCAAGGGCCCUUGAUGGGACUUAAUCCAAGAGGCAUGCAGGGACCUCCAGGACCACGGGAGAACCAGGGACCUGGUCCACAAGGGAUGAUGAUAGGUCAUCCUCCACAAGAAAUAAGAGGACCUCAUGGUUUACUGGGACAUGGCCCCCAGGAGAUGAGAGGUCCUCCACCUCAGGGUUCAAUGAUGGGUCCUCCACAGGAAUUGCGUGGGCCGCCAGGUGCACAAGGACAGCAAGGACCUCCACAGGGUAACAUGGUAGCACCUCAAGGAAACAUGCAAGGGCCACCUGGACCUCAAGGACAGCAGAACCCUGCAAGGGGGCCACAUCCUGUCCAAGGCCCCCCACCUUUCCAACAACAGAAAACUCCCUUGCUUGGUGAUGGUCCUCGGGCCCCAUUCAGUCCGGAAGGACAAAACCCAGGCCCACCACCGUUGAUACCAGGAUUGGGGCAACAUGGAGGUCCAGGCCGUCAUGGCCCUCACAAUCAAGGACCUGGUCCUAAUAAAGGUAAUUCAAUACGGGGUCCACCAAACCACAUGGGCCACUCUUCGGAAAGGAGACAUGAUCAAACAGUGGUGGACCAAGAUCUUGUCCCUGAGGGGCCCCUUCGAAGGUGGCCAAAAUGGGGCGAUGGUAGAGAGAACGGGGAAUACCAGAAACGACGGGGACCUCAUCCAGACUUUCACAUGAUGACUUUGAUAGACCCGAUGAAGUUUCGUGAAGACUUCCUUCCAGAAGAGAGCGAUAUCAGUCACCGCUUACGUGAAUUUGGAAGGGCCGAGGAGGACCCCACCCACCCCCCACCCCCCCCCCCCCCAAGAAAGGAAAUGGAGUACGAGUGGUCCAGCCCUCCUUUCCCUCUGAUCACAGGGAAUUCCAAAUGAAGGAGAUGCAGGGGCCCAAAUGCUGGACCUCCUGGGCCUUGGGAAGGACGGAGACCUUCAGAUGAGCGAUUCCCUCAUGAUCCUGAAGGAGCACGCUAUAUCGUGGAAGAAAGAGAUGAAAACUUUAGGAGAGGCACACCCUCAAGACAUGAGGGCCGAGGACCUAGGGGAAGAGACAGUUUUCCUGGACCUGAUGACUUUGUGCCAGAAGAAAAUUUUGACUCAGCAGAGGAGAAUGCGAGAGGAAGAGAUCAUGGUGGCCGGGGACGAGGUCGGGGUACUCCAAGAGGGGGACGAAAAGGUUUGCUUCCUACUCCAGAUGAAUUUCCUCACUUUGAAGGUGGCCGAAUGGAUGGAAAUCGAGAACCAGGUUCCCGACAAGAUCAUCCUCCUCGUGACAGUCACUCGCCAGCAAGUCGAGAACGUUCUUCCUCACUGCAGGGAAUGGACAUGGCCUCACUGCCACCUCGCAAGCGACCUUGGCAUGAUGGACCAGGAACCUCUGACCAUAGAGAAAUGGAAAUACAAGGAGGGCCUCCAGAGGAGAGAGGAAAGGGGCGUACAAAGUCAGGAGCUUCACAGAGAAUGUCAAAAUCUGGGAGAUCCAGCUCUUUGGAUGGAGAGCAUCAUGAUGGAUAUCACAGAGAAGAAUCCUUUGGAGGAUCUUCAGGGAGCAAUAAUCCCUCCAGAGGAGGGAGAAGUGGAAGUAAUUGGGGAAGAGGAAGUAACUCAAGCCAGUCAAGACGAGGAGGUUCUCGAGGUGGUGGAAGGGGUCGAUAGAAGAGGUUAUGACUGGGCAAGACCCAGUCUUUUGAGGACAGUAUUUAAAUACAGCUGUUGCAGAAUCAUUGAGUGAGUAAUUCUGCGGUACCACAGACUGGACUCUUAAAUGGAGAUAAAUGAAUGUGCAUUAGUUCCUAAGAAGGUCUUUCAAAUAUUAAAUGCCAGCUAGUAAUGCCAUCACAACUACCUUUGUAUCAUUUUCCUCACCAUCCCAAUUCCUCAUCACUUCCAUUUCCAACAUUGAUAUUUGAAGAUAAAGCUGGAUUUUUUUUACUGUUGUGAGACAAGGAGCACCUCCACAGAUUUCAGUUCAUGUCCAGAAGAAUAUGUUUCUAUAUGUACAGUUGUCAGGAAAAAGUUAAGUUGUUUUUGUAUUAAUACAGAAUGCAAUUUGUCGAAAAAUUAA